GGAAAUCGCCCGGCUGGAUCUCAAGAGUGUAUCUUGAUGCCUAGACAAGUCUAUAUCAAACCCGGGUUUGAGUCAGAGUUCCGGUUUUUCAGUAACCUCUGGAUCAAGCAUGGCGUGGCGAUACAUGUGCAGGCACAGAAGACAGCCAUAACAUCUCGAACAUGACAAUAACAAUAAUGACCUGGCUCAGGUAGUCAUUCCGCAGUAGUGGAGUUACAGUAAACAAGCUUAAUGAUCGACCUUUAGAAGCGUCACAUGAUUUAGAGAAUGAUCUGAAUAUCAGUGAGUGAAUUUGAUGGGGGCCACAUGAGCAUAAAGAUUCCAGAGCCAGUCCUGGGAUCAGAGUACUCCCGGUGACGAGUCUCUUAAAUUUGACAAGGCUGGGGUCUGGCGCUCUUGAGUCUGCCUUGUCUAUAUGGUAUCCGGAGUAAUUGGUCUGGAGAUGAGGAGCACCUCAAUUUAAUUUUCAAAAUAUUUUAACAUUUAUGAAACAGACACGAAGCGUCCUUCUUUUGCCAAUAUACAGAAAUCUAUUGGCCAGCUAGUCAGUCAGCGGGUGAUCUCUGUUCACGGGACUUCAAGUCUGAAGGUCACCAGGGUCUCCGCGCUAGUGACUCAGGAACAUUACUUACUUAUACUCUUCUUCAUCCUCUCUUCCUCUCGUCCCUCGUCCUGUUGAUAUUCGAAUGCCGCCGUUACUAAUUCUGGACCAUGCCUGCUGCUCGCAAAAUCAGACAGUACGGCCUAACAGAGCUGUACAUUUCUGCUCCUGAGAAGUCAGUAGAGGUUGAUGUCGUCCUCGUUCACGGCCUCAACGGCCACCCCAAGGAUACCUGGACAAGCAAGAGCGGGGACGUUUUCUGGCCUGUUGAUAUUUUGCCUGAAUUCCUGGGAAGCUCGAAAGUGCGCAUCUUGACUUAUGGCUAUAACGCCAAUGUCGCCGCUUUCACUGAUGGCGCUUCCAAAGAUCGCAUUCAUCACCACGCAGAAACUCUCGCGAGCGAGCUGUAUGCUAAUCGAAGUCUUCGGGGCUGCCUCGAGCGCCCCAUCAUUUUCGUCUGUCAUUCGCUGGGAGGGUUAGUCGUUAAGCGAUGCAUGAUUGCCUGUCGAAAUCACGAGAGCGACAAGUUACGCCAUCUUCGCUCCAUAUACGUCUCUACAUUUGGCAUCUUAUUCUUGGGAACCCCCCAUACCGGUUCUGAUGUCGCGAAAUGGGGCUUGCUGUUACAGAAGAUAUGCAGUGCUGUCUUCCCCAAGAAGUUCAUGGACACCUCCCCGCAGCUGGUCGAAGCCUUGAAAUCUAAUAAUGAAGUCCUCCAGAACAUCAACAGAUUAUUCAACGAUUUUUUCAGUCGAUUUCAUGUCUAUUUUUUCCACGAGACAAAACCGCUCGACAUGAAGGGAACUCGCGAGUUUAUUGUGGACGAGUCCUCAGCUGCUCCAGAGAUUGAAGGAGCCGAGCGAAUGGGAAUAGAAGCAGACCACAGUUCCAUGGUCAAGUUCGAAGAUGACUGCUCCCCGGGUUUUGAGGCUGUUGCUGAAGCAAUCAUCCGUUAUUCCCGCGAAGCGCCUCCUGUGGUCUCCGGUCGAUGGAAAGAAGAAAAGGCUCAUGUUCAACUACAAAAUAGAUCCAAGGCCGACGAACUGACUCGAUCUUCAGUCCAUAUAUCUCAAGAAGCUCAGCAGGAAGCAGACAUUAGGAUGGGUAGGACUCCACAAUAUUUCCUUACAGAUUCUGGCGGGCCUCCGAGCUUGAUGACUGCAUACGAGAAUGAAAUUGCGUCUCAAUACAGUCAAACGACCAGUAACUCCGUCCCGAAUCUCCCUUUGGCCCCAAUAUUUGCAGACGAUCAUACACCUCGCAUGGCACAGAGCGUCGGGAUCCUACCUCCUCCCCCUCAACGUGGUCCACUCUUCGUGGUCCCUCCCGGCUUUCAUCCUAAUGCUAUUUUUGUUGGAAUGCAAAAGGAGCUGAACGAGCUCCACGUUCGUCUUUUUAACACUAAAAAAAGGGAAGAGAGGGCAUCAGCGGUACUAAUUUGCGGAGGACCUGGUUCUGGAAAGUCGCAUCUUGCGCGUGAAUACGUUCAUAGGUAUCGCGAUGAUUUUCCUGGCGGCAUUUUCUGGAUUGAUGCGAAAUCAGCUCUCUCAAUGUCAACCUGUUACUGGGAUGUUGCCCAGGCAGCUGCAUUGGCUACUACCUCAACUGAUGCUAAUAUCUUCGUGGAACAAGUUCGUCAUUGGUUUGAGUCUAGGGAAGAAUGGCUCAUUGUAUUUGACGGGCUGAAUUUUGAUGAAGAUAGCCAACUGAAUGCGUUUAAAAAAUAUCUCCCCUUCCGCAAAAACACAAGCAUUAUCUAUACCGCCGUGGACAGGACCCUGGCAAAGAAGCAACGACUCUUCGAGCCUUACCGUCUGAUGGUACGGCCAUUGAAGACCGACCACGCUCGCGAGUUACUCUUUAAUGAUCUAGACAUUGAGAAACCGACUCCAGAACAAUACAAGAAAGCAACAGAGAUUGUGCACUAUUACCAAGGUUUGCCAUUAGCAAUUCAUGCUAUCGCCCACAGACUUACGGCAACGAGGAAGCCUAUAGAGAGAUAUCACCUCAAUUCACAUUUAACUGAUCAGCGACUUGCAGAGCCCUUCAUGGGCAUUAUGCAAGAUCUUAGGACUCACGAGCACUUCGAAGCCAUGAAUCUAAUCAAUUUAUUGGCAUUCUUCGGGCACCAUGUACCAGUGGGUAUGAUAAGCUGGGGGAGACCCGCACUAGAAGGACAGAAUCUACCCAUAUUGACGAGUAGUCGACCGGGCGAGCCCGGCGAUCUUGACACCACAUUGGGCGUGUUGAUCCAAUAUGGACUCAUUGAGAGGACUUCCGACUCUUAUUUUGGCAAAUCACUACGACAUGAUAUCAAAUCGGAGAGCCCCGAAGGUGAAUAUUCAGGCUCUGAGUCAUUUACAGAAAGUAUGACAGCUUCAGGGGUAUAUCAGAAUGCCAUUGACGUGGUUAAAAUCCACAGCGUUGUGCAAGCAUUCUUUCGGGACGAGCUCAAGAUUGUUGAUGGGAAAAAUAAGCAGCAAGUUACUGAUGGGGAUGCAUCCCAGCAACAGACUACGAAAUCCGAUGGAAAGCCAGCCCAGCAUCACAAUAGGGGCUCUCAACCGGUAAUUAGCUUUUACGCAUGGUGGUUACUGAAUGCAACCAGGGUUUUUUGUAAAUCCUACGAGGUUGCUCGGUAUAGAAUGUUCCGCGACCGUACAGGGUGUCUUUUCGUGAAGGACCUGCGAGAGUAUGAAACUCAUGCCGAACGGUUGAUGUAUCAUUACAGGAAGAUUGAUAAUAUCUCGAUCGUGAAAGAGACGAAACAGCUUCUGAAAGACACAGUGAAGGAUAUUAGGGUCGAGAUUGGCAAAAUCUCACCAAACACCUCCGAGGAAUCAUUCCGCCAUGGAAAGUCGAUCUUUGACCGGUCCAGCAGUUCAUCCUCGGGGCCUUCUUCACUAGAGGAUAGUAUGGCUUCACAUCGCUCAACAUGGAACGAAGCAGAUUGGGAAUCAAUUAUGGUUCAAUCCCCUCUAGAGUUGACCAAUCCAUAUCCGAAUCCCCCUAGGGAUCCAUACCACCUUACACUUGCCAGUAUGUAUCGACAAAAGCUUGAAGAGCAGAAUGAUGGUUAUCUAAGUGAUCGUGAAGCGGACUCCAGAACCAAAUCACGUCGCUCAUCGGCGGAUUCAUCGCGGUAUAGUCAUAACACUGAGAUGCCACCACCAGCUGCUCCAGUCGUUUCCGUUGAUGGGCCGGCGCCUGUGGUAGUACCUACUCCGGCACCUGGUGAAGGUGAAGGUGAAGGUGAAGCAGGUUGGGAAACUGUUCAGAGAAAGAAAAAAGGAAGUAAAUCUCAGGACUCACCCAAGAAAAGGCCCAGAUUUCGUGGCAGACUCAGGGAUCUGGGAUCAUUUCGACCUUCGCCUAUCACCAAAAUGUCAUCUGCACAAGGGGAGGGCUCUAUGAGUCGUAUUUCCUCUGGAUCUAGCGAUAGGAGAAACCCCACUCCUACCAACGCAAAGGAGAUGCUGGCCUCGUUUCAUAAACCCGAUGCGCGCAAACAGGUGGAACAUACGGACCAAAAGUCGAAUCAGUCUCCCUGGAUUUUACCAGUCGUCUCUCCUCCAGCAACAGAGCCUUCGGCUGAGAACCCAUCUCAAAGUGCUCCGAGUAUAUUAUGUCGACGCAACAAUUCCUGGUCUAAACCGAGACCUAAGAGUACGAUAGAGAAUAGAUCUGAUCUUCAAGCGGAGCUCAGAUCAAGUAGCGGACAGAGCAGCUCCAUACCAUCACCCGCGUUGGUCGACAUUGGGAGAGAUCAUCGUCUGAAUCGUUUAAGUCAUAGUGAUCCUUCUUUGGUGAGGGGAGAGCGAUCAUCUCCCAAUAUCAAUUCAGCCCCGGGGUCUCGAAAUCAUUCUCGGAAUUCUUCUUCUAGAACCCUGAUACCGUUUAAUCGUGAAUAUUUGAGGAAUUCUAUGCCCCCUCCUCCUCCCCCUCUUCCGUCACAAUCGUCCAAGCUGAACCCGACACACCCGGAUUUUGCUCCACGCCUCAGUACCACGAAUCUUAGCGCUGGAAAUCUUAGACAUGCCCCCGUUCCAGAAGCUGGCGACGCACAAGUAAGAAAUAAUCGGAUACGGCAGCAAGUCCCAGAGGUGUAUCAAGCUUCUCUCAUUUCUACAUCACCACCUCGACAAGCUAUGCCGGGGGGAUAUACAUCUGAACCGCUUUCGGCGGCAAUGUCUCGCGAUCCGUCUGGACAGUCUCGCUCCUCGUGGCAGACUGACCCUGUUCCUGUUACUCAUCAGCUACCACCGCAGCCACCUGUUGCAUAUGCGUCUCAGCUACCUACCUCACCAACUUAUACUGUUGUAUACGCACCACAAAGUAAUACAGCUGGCCAAGCAGCCGCGUAUGCUGUGCCUAUUGCUGCACCUGCGCCCCUCGAAUAUCUCACCACCCGCUUCGAUUAUGGUGGCGAACCCGAUACAGCAAACGGAGGGUCAAUAAUCAAUAGCCCAGCAGUGAAUCAAAGCAUAUUCUUCGGUGAACACGAGGUAGAUGUAGACGAAGCACGUCGGCGGGUUAUGGAUUGGAAUCAACAUCAAUCACCUGCGGUAAUGUACGAUGCUCGAACCGGACAGCCAUUCCUAGCAGCACCGCGCAUGCAAGCUCAAAGGUCUGAUCCGGGAACCGUCCUAUCCUUGCCUGUGGCUGCUGUUCCACUACAGGUGCCCAUUACGAAUAUUGCUGGUCGAUCGAGAUCAGGGAGUUCGCCUGAUCCGGUCUACUCUGGAAUAGGACUGGGACUGGGUAUCGAUCCUCGAUAG